GUCGCGUACUGCGGACUCGUCGAGAAGAAGGACAAUAUCACAGAAAGCAUACUGGACAGUCUUGAUGUUCUCGUCCUGCUCAAAGAUGAGGAAUCAGCACACCAAGGCAGAGCCUGUGCGGCUCUUCCAGCUCUUUGCGGAAUCAAAACACUAAGGAAGAAGCUCCUUAAAGAGGAUCUGAUUCAUCGAAUUCUCGAGCUCUGUCGGACAGCUGGCGAAAACCAAUUGAUUGCGAUGAAGACACUAUCAUAUCUUGCCCAACACUUUGAUGAGACAUCUCACAUCCUUUCACGACGACCCGAUUUUAUCAAAGAAAUUCUUGUCAUGUUGAAAGAUAAAUGUGAGUCUUCGCCUGUCAAUCCGCUCUUCUUCCUCAUUUGCAUCUUAGCCGCAAUCGAUACCUUAUCUGGAAUUAGACGGAUAGAGAUUGUUGAAAGGCUCAAGAGGUUGAUAAAACGUCGUGAUUUCUUUAUUUGCCAGAAUGACAAAUUCCGCAGGGUGGCAAUAGAAAGUGGUAUUCUUGUCACAUUGAUUGACCUACUUGAGUUCGAUAAGCAAGGCUUGAGCGGUGGACCGCGUGGCUUAAUGACACUCGCUGAAUUCAGUGACGUGCGCAACGAACUUGCACGGGGUCCGCACAUCGGCAAACUAGUUCAGUUUUCUAGAGACAAGGCAGUGGAAAAGAGCAAAGAGGCGACUGAGGAGCUUACAACGCUAUCAAAAUACGGUGUGCUCCGCAAAAAAAUCAUUGAUAAAGGAGGCCUGGACAGCAUAGUCGAUAAUUUGGCAAAGCCAGACCACGCGUUAUUUGCUGCGGAUGCGCUUGUGAAACUCAUGCAAUACGACGACGCCAAGGAACGGAUACUGAACACUGAAGUGGACUUGCAUUUGCUGCAGAUGGUCAAGGAACGCAUCUUUGACGGAACGAUUAGUCGGGAGGGCAUGGAUAUCCUUGCGGAGAUAUUCAAAAACGAACACUUGCGAUCCAUUAUGUUAAAGCCAAAUAAUAAACCGUCACUCGAUAAUGGUUCUUGGAAUUUCGGUGGCAAAAAUGCACCCCGACGACUACUCAAGAAAACGGCAAACUACGUCCUGAAGAAGACGAUACACAGACUAGUCAAAAAGCCGAUGGAUGAUUCCAAUAAGCCCGAGUAUCCAAGAAACAUUAUUGGAAUUUUGCGCCAGAUGAUUGAAACCACUCAGCUCGACUCUGUUCAGAAUAGCGCUGUCAAUUACCUGCGCAUUAUUGCUGAUCAUGAGGAUGCACGUCAGGAAAUGAUUGGUGCUGGAAUAAUAGAACCUCUUUUGUGGUGUCUUAAAGCCACGGGUGUGGACAACCGGGCUCUCAAAGAUGUUUUAGAAAUGAUUGCGCGUAACGAGACGUUACGUAGUGAAAUCACAGAGAAUGGCAAGAUACUGGCUGAAAUGCUCAGUAGCCAUUAUCCUGUCGAGAUUCUCCGCGUGACUGACACGUUCAAAUCUUUAUCGUCUUAUAGAGAGAUACGCCAGAAAGUUCAGGAGAUGGUACACAUCUGCAUCCCAGGCCAUCGAAUCGAUCAUCAGGGCAUAUGACAAAACAACGCUCCAAGCCAAUCCUCUCUUUCUUCUUUUUCUUUUUCUUAUGUCUGUUGGGACAGUCUACUCUCCCCUACUUGCUAUUACUUAGAUCAGAAUAUGAUCUGACGCAUGUGAUGAUGCAGGCAGAGUAGCCAGAAUCUUGACGAUCAUGAAGAAUCAGUAUAGGAUGACAAUGUCACUACUGGGCUCUAGCCACCACACCCCUUUACUUCAGUACAUUAGGUUACAUUUUGUUUAGCUUACUGCAUGAAAUAACUAUAGUUGAC